AGCGAAGGAGAUAUUAUAAUGUAGUCACAGAAUGAAAAAAGUACAUCCAUGCCACCUAUUGCGUCGUAAAAAAUUAUAUGUUCAAUGUGUAUUCCAGUUGCUUUAAGAUUUUAAACUUCCUUAUUUAAAUACAACUUUAACUUAUUGGGUUGGGAAUGAAUGUAUAAAAUUAAACUAAAAACAUGAAGAGACUUAACAGCGUCUAUGUGUUUUUUAUUGGAUUUAUAGCUUAUCUUAAUGCCGGUACUGUUGAGAGAAUAUACAUACGUGAGAACAAACCAGCAUUAAAAGGAAGUAAUAUCCAGCUUGUAUGUGAGAUAUCACAGUUCAGUAAUUCAGACGUGUUACAUGUUUACAAAAGGGACUCUCGUCUUCCGUCAAGCCUUGCUGGUAUUAACCCAGAUAACCAGUGUGUCCAAUCAAUUUGUCUGGCAACAAGUAUUGGUAGAUAUACAUUCAGUGCUGACAACAGUAUUGUCUUUAUUAACAUAUCGAGUGUAAACAGAUCAGAGGAUCAGAAAUGGUGGACAUGUACCAUAGGAAAUCAGAGAAGAGACAUGCUGCUGAAUGUUAUAAGUAUGUAUUCUUUAUCUUUGUCAUUAUUUUUAUCAAGAAUGUAUUAUUAUUAUUAUAAAGGUAUUGUUGAGAGAAUAUACAUACGUGACAAAAAACCGGCAUUAAAAGGAAGUAAUAUACAGCUUGUUUGUGAGAUAUCAGGGUUUGGUUAUUCUAAUUUGGUAGGUAUUUACAAGAGUGAUAUUCGACUUUCGUUAUCCCUUGCUGGUAUCACCUCGCUGACUGCAUGUAUUCCACAAGUCUGUUUGACAACAACUAUUGUAGUAUGUUGGUAGAUGUUCAUUCAGUGCUGACGACAGCAAUGUCUUCAUCAACAUAUCCGGUCUUGGCAGAUCAAAAUAUCAUAAAUGGUGAACAUUUGCCUUUAUAAAUCAAGAAAGGAAGGACUUGUCGCUGAAUGUCAUAAGUAUGUAUCUUAUACCUUUUUUCGUUAAAUGUAACAAUUAUUUAUUUCAAGAGUGUAUUUGAGUUGCACAACA